GUAGCAUCGUCACCUAUAGACUUGGAGUGCAUCAGACGGACAGGGUUGCCCGUGCUCAAUACUGGAGAAAGCAGGCAAGAUGAGUGCGCAAUACAGUGGCAAUGGGCCGGGAGGGGGGCCCAGCUCGUCCGCGAAGGGUAGAUGCGAAGAUGCCGGUCCGCUCAACAAGCUGUCCGGAGCGCUGGCAAGCACCAAGGCUUAUCUCACACCGUUCGCAUCGGCGACCGCACAGUCAUCUUCAGCUGUGCGUGAGGGCCAUCAGGCGGAAGCGAACAAGCUCCUCGCCGACAUCGCGCCGCAUAUCAUGCGACCGCGAAUGCUGCAAGCUGCUGCCGCCGCGAGCGCUUCAAUCUCCAACGCUUCCCACUCGUCCAACAUGCUUGGGCUACAGUCGGGCAGCCUGCGCCUAACUAACCCUGGACGAUCAUUGGUGCGAUUCGGAAACAUGGUCCGACACGGCCCCAUCACUUCGACCGACUUGCGCAUCCAAGAGGCAUCCGAUCAGAUUCUGCUAACAGCUGCCAUGGGCGAUGUGGAGGAACCAACCGGCAUCGCUGCCGAAGUAUCGCUCCUGCGAGGAUAUCAGGCAACUAUCCCUUCAGCCCUGGAAGGCAAGAGCAGGCGAAGAAAGGCACGAGGGAGAGACGCGCCGCACAUGGGUCUUAAGUCAAUGGGCAAUUCUGCUCGCGGGCUGCUGACUGACGGCGACGCGGCCGAAUCGCAAAGAGAUGUGUCCAUUUCACGGGAAGCGCGCAAAGCACGGAGAUCUGCCGCUGCAAAGGGCAAAGAGAUUCCAUUGUCAGAGGAGGAGCUGCAGGAGCAGUUAGGUGACAUCUUGACAGACAAGGAAAAUCUGAGCGUCCGCAGGAUGCUGCUCAACUCAGAAAUGUCCGAGCUGGAGGCCAAGAUCGCUGCGCUAGAAAAUGUCAAGCAUGGGUUGCACUGCAGCCUGGUCGGUCUGCAGGAGGAAGAGCUGGAGCUCAACGACGAGUUCGAGGGCGUGUCCGAAUCACUUGAGUUGCUGAAAUACCGCAAAACAAUGCCAGGAGGGAACGCGAAAAUGUCGAUAACCAGCACUUCCGCCACAUCGAAUCAUGGAAGUCCUGGGAAUAAGGGGACUGUCAAGCGGAAAAAGGGACCUCUCUUCUUGCCAAGCGAACACGACGAUCUGCCCCCGGGUGUCGCAUUUAUGACGUUGACCGGGCACACCGCACCGCUCACAGCGCUCGACUUCUCUGAGCCAUAUGGCACGUUGGUUUCGUCUGCUAGCGACGAUUCCGUACGUGUCUGGGACUUGACAGUUGGAAGCGAAGUAGGGCGACUACGCGGGCACUCCGGGUUUGUCAAGUGCCUGCAGGUGGAAGAUGAGCUGUGCAUCACUGGCUCGGCAGACAGCACGCUGAAGUUGUGGGAUCUGCGACGGGUGGAAGACUACGAGGCGCGAUUGUCGCUUGCUCAGCAAGGCGAUGUCUCCUAUCAGAAUUUGAACGAGCUGGCGGAAGGUCGAGUCGACGCGGGAGACGUCACGGAUGAUCCGUAUAACCCAUGCUUGCGCACGCUCGAGGGGCACAGUAAAGCUGUCACGGCGCUCUACUUUGACGACAACUGCCUCGUCACUGGCGCUUCUGACAAGACGCUCCGUCAGUGGGAUCUGAACACUGGACAGUGUGUCCUGACGAUGGACAUCCUCUGGGCCAUCUCGAAUCCAGCAUCCACACAGUCUCUCUCCUCAUCAAUGAUGCUCGACGCAUCCAACAGUGGCUUUCUGCCCAUAUCGCCACGGGCCAGCAUGCUCGGCUCACCAUCUCUCCGCGCUUCAAGUGUGUUCGGUGGCAGCGGCGCCGGUAACAACAGUGCAAGCGUAAAUGCCAUGAUGGGCAGCAUGGUCCUUCCCUCCGUGACAGGCGGCAACUUUUCGCAUCCCACUCCAGCGUACGCCGACGGAAGCUGGGAGAUGUACCAGGACUUUGUUGGCGGUGUACAGUUUUGGGGCUACGCACUUGCAAGUGGCAGCGGCGAUGGCGGCGUGCGCAUGUGGGAUAUGCGCACGGGGCAGGCGCAUAGGACAUUGCUGGGACACACUGCACCGGUCACAUGCUUGCAGUUCGACGAGACUUAUGUCAUCUCGGGCAGCUUGGACAGAUCAAUCAAGAUUUGGGACCUGCGAACUGGUGUCAUAUCAGACACGAUCAAGUACGACUAUCCAGUAACAUCACUUCAGUUCGACAGUCGCAAGAUCGUCGCAACGACUGGCGAGAACGGCGUGAACGUCUACAAUCGCACCACUCUGCAACACUCGACGCUUUCUUUGAAUGGGCACACUGCGCCCGUCGAGCGGGUACGCUACAUGGAUCGCUACGGCGUUUCCGGCGGGAAGGACAACCUCAUCAAAGUGUGGGCGAUGUAGUCUUUGCCUCCGGCCUGACAUAGAGGCGCUUCUAGGAAAAGCUGUGUGACCUCUACGACCGAUAGCUUGCUUGUAGGCAGCCGGCGAUCGCGCCCACAUGUGCAGGCUUGGUUUUGCGUGAUGUAGCUCUCGCAUCCUAGUGCGCUUGGUUGCUAUAGUAUUGAAUGG